GUAGUGUUACUAUGUAGAUGCAACAAAGUAUUUGUUUUGAUAAAUCCCCCAUCAACUUGACCUACGUAUGCCGUAGCUCAUAGUCCUAUAUAAGGACCCAAUCAACUCCAAUCGAGGCUGCCGGGAGUGCCCCAUAGCUAUCAUCUUCUCGGCACGAUGGCCCCUUCGAUUUCGACUCUACCGCCAGAGCUACUGAUCCGGAUCUGCGAUUUUAUGCAGAGCAAGAGAGAUAUUGCCAAUUUCUUCCGGUCUUCCCGUCAAUUCUAUGCGGUAGCUUCACCACACCUCUACCGUCAUGUAGAUUUGCUCUCAUUACCUCGAUUCAUCUUUGGCUACCAAACUCGUGAUGUCGCCCAAGACAUUGAUGCACUUAUCGCGGCAGUUGUCCGAGAUCCUCAUCUGGCGGGGCUCGUAAAGCAUCUCAAUGUUAGGCUGACAGACAUACGGCACGACAGAUCUCAAAAUGGAAGGUCGUUGAGCCCAGAGCAACAGGAACUUGUUAAAGCCCUGCUACCUGAUAUUCCUGGAAGUCAAGCUCGUAGGUUCUCAGGGACACCACCCCCAUGUCACGUCAACGACGACGGUAGUGGGAGCGAAUGGGAAUCGGCUGAUGACAGCGCCGAUGAAGAUGAGCUCGAGGCCUAUGAUCCGGACAAGGCAAUUCCAGUCUUCGAAACAGAAGCCGAUCGGUGGAUAUGGCUUGCACAGAGGAGUGCGGCAAUUCGGAGGAACGUCAUUCUAACAAUCCUGCUAUCGCGCCUCCCUAAUUUGGAACGUUUGGAUCUCGAAAUGCCUGCUCUCGGGUGGAGGACUGGGUUCCUCGAUCGUGUUAUACAAAGGUCGAAGACCGGCAAUCCAGAAUCUCCCGACUCGUCACCUUUUUUGGCGAAUCUUCGCAGGAUGUGUUUUGGGUACACGGCCCCUGAUCAGCGCGGCGAAUGCUGGAUUGGAGCUUUUGUGCACCCCAAACUCGACAGUGUCUACUUGCAUCGGCUAUCCGGACUUGGUCCCAGUUUGUCAUAUCUGGCACCUCGCAUGCUCAACAUCACACACUUAGAGCUUCGCGAUUGUAGGAUAGCACCCCCGUCUCUUCUCCGCCUUCUUUCAAGUCCCAAGGCGCUCAAGACAUUCAUCUACGUUGUAGGCGAGGUGCAAACCCGUGCCGAGCAUUACAUGCCCAUCAGCUACAAAUCGAUCCGUGCUGCACUGGAGAAACAGAAAGAUAGUCUGGAGAAGAUAUGGCUUGACUAUCCACACGACUAUCAAUGGGAUGAGGCCUCGAACCAGCACACGUCGCCAAUGAGCAGUUUCUCUACUUUCAAUAAACUCAAAUAUUUGCGUAUCGCCGGCACAUACAUAUUUGGCUUUGUUUGGACGAAUGAAGUUGACGAGGGUCGUCUUCUCCGAGCGCUACCAGAGCAGCUUGAGACACUACAUAUGACUCAUGCCGAUGAGGACGAAGAAACGCUCGAGGGAAUCUCUUUUGUGCUUGAUGCCAAGAAGCGCGGGCGACUACAGCAGCUCACGGAACUCAAGUUUGAAGCUGCGUCUACUUGGUACAUGGGAAAUCGUCGCGAACUGGUUCGGUUGUUUGACCUGGCGAAAAGCGUUGGCCUAAGCAUUACGCUCUUGGACAAUCAUAGUGAUCGACGGAUUGAACAUCCGUGGCAACGCAGGCAAGCCGCCUUGAAUUUCACACAAUCAGCAGCUUAUCCUCGGCGGGAAAGUGGCUGGGGAUUCUUUGGGGAGACUACUUGGCCCCGACGAGUUAGUGGGUGCAUGCAGAUACCAAUCUACGACGAUAUAUCAGAUAUGUGGACGGGAGCUCGCCAAUCCAGCUGAACGAUUCCUUAUAGAUUGGUACCAGUAGAAUACUUGUGGGGUUACUUAGCCUCAACACUUUGCAACUAGACUCAUCCCAACUUCCCGUCAGAAAAGGGGAAAAAAAAACACUAUUCCUGUAAUACUCCCACACAUACCUUGUCGCCUCAUUUCACGUCUGCAAAAAUUUUGCAGCUACUCUCGCAUCAUUCCUUGUGGGGUAGGCUAUUUGGUAUAUUUUACAAAAAAGCUAAGUGUUAUGCUCAGCCAAGUUAGACAUGAAUACUAUGAUCAUUGAUUCUUA